AUGGCAGUGCUUGAUGCAGCAGCACUGACCUACAAUGGAAAUGUUUCUCAGAAGCACAACAGAGAAUCAAAACACAGCCUCCAACUCACUGUGCAAGCACAUUUCAUAUUUGAAGACGCUGAAAUCAUGUUCCCCAUUAUCAUUAAGAGGACCUCGGUGCCUGUUCUGUAUGACCCUGGAACAGAUGUCAACUCCCAAGUGACAGUUACAACCAAGACAUUUUUGAGGUAUAAGGAACUGAAUGUUCUAAUUGACAGUAUUCGGAAGUGUUACAAAGACAUCAAAAUAAUUGUUGCAGAUGACAGCUUAAACCCGGAAAGGGUGAAUGGCGCUAACAUUGAACAUUACAUUAUGCCUCCAGCUAAGGGCUGGUUUGCUGGUAGGAAUCUUGCUGUCUCUCAAGUAACCACCAAAUAUUUCCUCUGGGUGGACGAUGACUUCCAGUUUACCAAUGAGACCAAUAUUGAGCGUUUUGUGGAGAUCAUGGAGGCUGUUCCAGAGUUGGACAUUGUGGGUGGAGCUGUAGGUAAAAAUACAUUUUACUCCAAACUAGUGUAUGAAGAGGGGGACAUAAAUGAAGGAGGCUGUCUGUCCAGGUUUUUUGGAAAAACACACCAGCCUCUUCCUGGAUACCCAGACUGCUCCCUUGUUGAUGGUGUUGUCAACUUCUUCUUGGCCCGCACAGAUUCAGUGCGUAGGGUGGGCUUUGACCCUCAGCUAAAAAGAGUGGCCCAUAGUGAGUUCUUCAUGGAUGGCCUUGGAGAUCUGUUGAUUGCCUCCUGUCGCUCUAUCAGAGUAGGUCACCAACCCAAGCUUGACCACAGCAGAUACAAUCAAUACAGGAUACAGAGGGAAAGUGAAGAGACAAGGAAACUGGCCCUGCAUUUCUUCAAGAACCGUUUAAAAUGUGUCAGAUAUUGA